AACAGAUGACUGCCUCUGAGGUGCCCGUAGCAAGAGAGAGAAGGAGAGACAUCAUGGCUUCUCCCAAGAUGCUGGUGCUCCUGUUCUCCAUGACUUUGCUGGCCCUGAUCUCAAUACAAGGCUCUGCUGAUGCUUUCUCUCAAGUAAGACAGGACAAUUAUCCUCAAUCAACCAACAAUGGAGAAACUGCAGGCACCUAUUCUACAAACCAGAGAAGUUCCCUUGCCAAGAAAAGUACAGGUUCUGGUUCACAGAAUGGACCUUAUGGAGGCCUGAGAAGCUCAUCUGGAUUGGGUAGCAACACUGGCAGAGGUGGCAGCAGUGGCUACAGUGGCAGUAGUAGCUACAGUGGCAGCAGUAGCAAAGGUGGAAAAAGUGGCCAAGGAGGUUUGAGUGGCUCAAGCAGUCUUAAUGGCCAGGCCUGCUUUGGCAACCAGGGAAGCCAAGCUGGCCAGAGAGGUCAGAGUGCAAAAGGCACUAAGGCAUGA